AUGUAUCAACCGUCAAGAUCUAAUUCUACUACCGAGUCAGAGUCAGUUGGUAAAGUCUCAAACUCCCUUGAACGCCUUGACGACAGGGUAAAAACCUUGGAACAUGAAAUAAACAACUUAAAAAAAUUGCAAGAUGAGGUCUCAAAGAUGAAUGAAGACAUGCAGGAGAAAGAGCAGUGGGCCCGUGCAAAUAAUGUAGAAAUAAAAGGCAUACCGAUGAAGAGCUCCGAAAAUCUCUACGAGCUUGUGUCUCAGGUUUCUCAAGUGAUAGGAUGUCAAGUUCGACGAGAAGAUAUUAAUUACAUUGCUCGCGUCCCAAAUCUUCACGAGAAGACAGUUAAAAAUAUUAUUAUGGCAUUUAAUAAUCGAUUCACUAAAGAAAACUACAUAGCUGCAUCUCGUAGGCAUGGCAGUCUCUCCCUUAAAGAUAUAGGAUACCAUGGAGAUGGGAAGAUAUACGUCAAUGACCAUCUCACUCUUCACAAUAAAGCGCUGCUGAGGGAGGCAAAAUUACUAGCAAAAGAAAAAAACUGCAAGUAUAUCUGGACCAGACACUGCAAAAUUCUAGCUCGAAAAACGGACACUUCACCAAUCUUUCGUAUAAAAGUGAAUCAAGACCUUCUGAAAAUAUAAAUUACUCUAAUGUUCACUCGAUACUAUUAAUAAUACUUAGUAGCACUAAUUUUUUUGUUUACUGUUUUAUGUGUAUUCACUUAGCGGCCCUGCGGUUGGGGAGCACUGUAACGGGUAUGUCUUUGUGUGCAUUAUCGCUUGAAUUCCUUAUCGCUCGCCGGUUCAUUCAGUCUCGGUCCAACCCUUUUGUUGGAUGUAUUGUUGUGAACCCUAUUGAAAUGACCUUAGAGCUCAUUAUAUUUAUAUUGCUGUGUAAUUUGGGAGCUAAAUCGCUUGCAGUAAAUCAUAAUUGUAUUUACAAUUCGUUCUCAGUACCGGGCUUAAAUAUUUUUAAAACUUAUUUAAAGUGUACCCUACUUAUACUCCCGAAAGAAGCAAAUCAGUUGAAAUAUAUUAUUUAUAACGCUUAUUGUACUUGUAUUAUGAAGUGUAUAUUUGUUAUUAAUUUGCGCAUGCAUUUAGCGAUAGUUAAUUCUGUACGACAUAACUUCUAUUUUACUUAUAGUCUUCAUUUUCCGGUCAUAAUUUAAACAUAUACUACCAGAAUACUAGAGGAUUGCGCACUAAAACUAAUUCAUUUAAAAGAAAUAUUCAAUUGAACACUUAUGACGUCAUAUCAUUAACGGAGACAUGGCUAUUCGACGGGAUUAGUAAUAGUGAAUUGUUCGAUGAUCGAUACCUCGUAUGGCGAGUAGAUAGGGACUACAGUCGCACUGACCAACGGUACGGAGGCGGAGUUCUGUUGGCAGUUCGGAAAGAGUACACCACUCACGGGCGACCUGAGUGGCACUCCUCGGCGGAGGAUGUCUGGGUCACAAUACUAACAGGUUCGCGUAACAAUCGUUUGAAUAUCAAUAUAUGUACAUUGUACUUAUGCUCAGAAAACAAUGGUAACUCUUUUAAUACCCAAUUGCACAAUUUUACAAACAAACUAAAUGACAUAAUGAUAUCUGCUCCAAAUGAUAUAUUUGUCAUAUUAGGAGAUUUCAAUUUACCUAAUAUAGAUUGGCAUUUACUCCCCGAUGGCCUUAUCGAACCACGUGGGCUGGCCGGAGAAACUCAAGUAUUUUUCUUUGAUACCCUUAAUCAACACAAUUUGGACCAGUUCAACUUAGUACAUAAUGUUAAUAACAGAAUCUUAGACUUAGCGUUCUCGAACGAACCGCUUCUAAUAAAUCCCUGUCUCUGUCCCCUUGCUGAACCUGAGGACGCUCACCACAAGUCUUUGACAUUACAACUGUGCUUAAUUACCUCGACACCCCUUGCGUCUAAUACAAGACAAGUAUAUAAUUACAAAAUAGGCAAUUACGAAAAGAUACGCGCCGAGCUAAAUAUUUUAAACUGGGAUACAAUUCUUAAUGAUGGGUCUUUGGAUGACGCCUUAUCGGUUUUUAAUUCAACUAUUUACAAUUUAAGAGAUAAAUUUAUACCUCAUAAAAUUGUUUUCCCAAAUAAGUAUCCUCAGUGGUUUAGUCCGGCUUUAAAAAAAGUGUUGAAAGAAAAACAUAAGUACUUUCAGAAAUAUAAAAAGUAUGGCUGCCUUUCUGAUUUACAAACUUUUUCAUUACUUAGACGGAGAGCUAAAAUGUUAGAGGAGACUUGUUACAAAAACUAUAUCAGCAGAGUCGAAAACGCGGUUGUAGAUAACCCAAAAUAUUUUUGGUCAUACACUAAAUCGCUCAGUAAAGGAUCUCAGAGUCUCCCAGCUGUUAUGAAAUAUGAUUCUACUCAAGCCGAUACUGGUGAAUCUGUUUGCAAUUUAUUUGCCAAUUAUUUCAAAACUACCUUUCUCUGCAGUAGCUCAAGUGGCGUUCAACCUAUGAUUGAACCUACCGCUACUAGCACUAGUAUAUGCGACAUUGAAAUUAACUCUAACGAAGUCCUUAAACUGUUAAAGUCUGUUGAUCUUAACAAAGGGGCAGGUCCCGACUUUAUACCGCCUAUCUUAAUUUCAAAUUGUGCUGAAAGUCUCGUUAAUCCCCUCUGUGUUAUUUUCCGUCGAUCCCUGGCUGAAGGCACUGUCCCUAGAAUCUGGAAAUCUGCCUUUGUUACUCCUGUGCAUAAGUCUGGUGACCGUUCUAACAUAAAAAAUUAUAGACCUAUAUCGAAGUUAUGUAUUUUUGCUAAAAUACUAGAAAAAAUCGUCCAUAGCCAAGUUUAUUCAUCUCUUAAAAUAUCUUUUAUCACCGAACAACAUGGGUUUGUUAAAAAUAAGUCUACAGAGUCCAAUUUAUUAAUAUUUUGUGAUUAUACUUCACGUAACAUGGAGUCUGGUGGCCAAGUAGACACCAUAUAUACUGAUUUCAGUAAAGCGUUCGACAGAAUAGACCAUCAUAUACUAAUUCAGAAGCUAUUAAAUUGCGGCAUCCACGGAAAUCUUUUUAGAUGGUUCACUUCUUAUGUGCAAAAUAGAUCUCAAUCGGUUGCAAUAAACGGUUUUACUUCAUCCUGGGUUGGCAUUCCUUCCGGUGUGCCGCAAGGAUCUUUGUUAGGUCCUUUACUAUUUGUCAUUUUCAUCAACGAUAUCCACUGUAUUUUUAAACACUCUCAUUUUCUUCUUUAUGCUGAUGACACUAAAAUAUAUAGAGCUGUUAAGAAUGUUAACGACUGUUUGUUAUUACAGGAUGACCUAAAUAGAUUUUCUAAAUACUGUAUCGAAAACAGAUUAGACCUUAAUGUUGCAAAGUGUCAUACCAUGUCGUUUACUCGCAAACCCAACCCAAUCUUGUUCAACUACACACUUAACUCGACUAGCAUCGCCAAUUCACAUUCAACCAGAGAUUUAGGUAUUUAUCAAGACCCCAAGCUUCUAUUUGAUAAUCAUAUAAACAAAAUAGUACAGAAAGCCUCCAGGUCUCUUGGCUUUAUCAUGAGAUCAACAUCAAAAUUUAAAAAAGUAAAGCCUAUAAAAGUAUUAUACUGCUCGUUUGUGCGAUCUAUCCUCGAAUAUGUAUCCGUUGUGUGGAAUCCUUGUUACGACAUCUACAUUAAACGAAUUGAGUCCAUUCAAAGAAAGUUUUUAAAAUUCCUUCAAUUCAAAACUAAAACUACAGACUUGUGUUAUCGUGAUAGGUGCGUAAGACACCAUUUUCUUCCCCUAGAUUUGAGAAGAAAAAUCACUGACUUAGUCUACUUAACUAAAAUCUUAAACGGAUCUGUUGAUAGCCCGGAACUGGUUAUGAAUAUUAGUUUUCGUAUCCCCAGAGCUUCUUCUAGACACUACCGACCUUUGUCACUUCCACCGACCAAAACCAACUAUCGUCAAAAUUCAUACUUUGUCCGAGCUCCGAGGUCAAUGAAUGAACUGUGUCAUAGCAACGAUCAACUGGAUUUACAUCUGAUGAAACCUGCUACAAUUAAAAACCUCAUGGCAUCUAGUUUCUUUGCUCCCCUGCCUGCAGAAGAUUAGCAUAGGUUUAAUUUUAAUUUAUUGAUUUAAAUAAGAAACAAAUUACUUCUUUCUUUUCUCAUAGCAUGUUUUGGCGUUUGUAAAAUCUUUAAUUUUGUGCUAACCUGUAAUAUGACUACCUUUGUAUCCUGUCUGUGGAAACCUGUAAUUGGCUUCCCUGAUACAUAUUUAUGUUAACCUAGUUUUAGUUUAUUAAGCUGUUGGUUUUCCGAAUAAAAUAAAAUAAAUAAAUAAAUAAAUAAAUAU